AUGAUAUCCCUUCGUGGCCCGUUCUCUUUAGAUAUCCGCGGAGGUUCGUUUAUAGACAAUGAGAUGGGGAUGGCUCUGCCAUUUUGAAAUCCAUAGGCUGCUUAGACAACGAUACCGUCAUAGUGGAACCAGAGGUAGGGGCAAGAUUUGGGGCUACAGUUCCAGAUCAAAGGUUCGGAGAAACCAGCCUCGGACUACAUAAAAAGAUUGGUUCAGAAAUUUUAGAAAACAAAAUACGGAAUCCAAGCACAGUAGGUUACGAAGAAACGAGAAUCGGACUGUAAGCCGCACAGUGGCGAAAAUAAUGGCGCUCGUAUCCGGCAUUUGAGCAGAAAACCAGACGAUGCGAGAGGAUUGGCGAAGUUGAGAUCAUCAUUUACUAGCCGAAAAUGCAUAUUUAAGGGGUAGAUGAGGGAAGGAGAAGUGGCCAACCUGAGCCGAUCGCUGGAGGCGGAUGUGAUCCAAUGACGACCACCACGGCCCCCACCAGCAACCCUAGGAACAAUCCCCGCAUGACCAAGCAGGUAUCGGCGGAGACUCUGAGGUCGUCCUCGGCGGGAGUACUCGACGAGAGUGUCUCGACCAGUUUCAAGCCAAAAACUCCGAGACUUCCCGAGGAAGACUCCGUAUUCCGGUCAUCCGCGGCGAUGCUAACACCUACAGGUCUCUCCACCUGGCCUGCUAUUUCCGCCAGAUCAGGGAUUCACAGAGUCCUUCAGCACUCACAUGCCGAGAACCAGGCAGCUCGCCGGAGGAUGGGACCCAAGCCAUUAACAGGCCAGUGGCGAGCAGAGGAAAGGCAUCCGCCCGAUCGUUGCUCUCUCAGAGGGACCCACGCAGAGAGGAGAAGGUUAAAUAUUGACCCCCCCCUCUGUCUCUACACGUACACAUCUCCCUCACUGUACUGCACCUCCCAUCGACGGCUUUUGUUCUUCUUGCCAGCGCCAGCUAAGUUUCAGAGCGCACACAGCAUGAGAGAGAGAGACAGGAGCGGCCGGGAGGAAUGACUCCCUUAGCCCGACCAUGGCUGCACGGACGACGGAGAAGCUCUCUGAAACUCGUCCUCUCUCUCUCUCUCUCUCUCUCUCUCUCUCUCUCUCUCUCUCUCUCUGCAGAAGAUGCUACGGCGGUAGUUUCCGAGGGGGAAGGUGGACCCACCGGUAAGGAGAGUAACUCGCCCUAAUAAAGGCGCCGCCGAGGAACGCCGGCGGGAUCUUCUCGCUCCGGCGACGGCGGUCAUAAUGGCGCUACCAUGUGUCCCUCCUGUUUCGUAGGAUUCAGAUAUGGGAGGACGACGGGAGUUCCGUGCAUCUUAGGAAGCGCUUGCAAACGUUUUUCAUGCGAACUGGAUUUCGCAAUUUUUUUUCAAAAAAAUAAUAAUACAGCCUUUUACCAUUCCACCCACUGUAAAAUCGCACUUUUUUUUUAUAACCCAAUAUGCAGCUUGUCCUUGCAUUCCCCCUAGAUACCCAAAUCUGAUGGAAAUAAUUUCCAUAGUUCAGAAAUAUAUAUAUAUAUAAUUUUAGAAAUAAAUACCUAUAUAUAUAUAUGAAAAAAAUGAAAACUCUGAUUAAGUUAGGAUAAAUUCUGAAUAUGGGAUGGUUCGUGGGCAGUAACGAAUAAAAUCAAAAUACGGUGGUGAAGACUGAUAAAAUCCCAAAACGCGAUUUAAUGGUGAAUCUUUUAUCAUCUAAAAAAUAAUGCCGGUGAGGGUCUCUCCGGUCUCGGUGAAUGGAAAAAUGGGUUUCGAACCCAACUCAACAUCAGCCUAAAUAUCAUCCCGCGGCCCAGAAGCCCUGGUCAACGGGAGCGCGGCAGGGGCACGCCGAAGAGAGAAGAUCACGCGGUGUUUGACCGGGAUAACAAUAGUAUUCAAGAGCCAUGAAUAGCUGGAAGCUGAGAACCGGUCAAAAUCUCCAUCGCGCAUCAUAGGUCCCUCUCUCUCUCUCUCUCUCUCUCUCACUCUCUCUAUCUCCUUCUCUCCCUCUCUCUCUCAUAGGCAGGAGGAUGACGAGGGGAUAUAGAGAGAGAGAGAGCAGCGUGGUCAAAUCACGCGUCCCUCCGUCGAUGUAUCCGCCCCCCCCCCCCUCUCUCUCUCUCUCUCUCUCUAGUUUUUUAUUUGACCAAUAAGAAGAUGUUAGGUACAGAAAGAGAGAGAGAGAGAGAGAGAGAGAGAUUCCCAGCUGCUCUCCCGGAUGACAGAACAGAUUCAUGCAGAAAGCCGACGGCGCAACUCUGCCCGGGUUUAUGACGAAAAAAUCCUUUAAAAGAUAUAGAAAUGUGUUAUAGCCCUUAGAGCAACUCUUCUCCCCUAAAGGAGUGCAUAUUUAAAAUUAUUAUAAGAGUAUGCUACAAAGAGUAUAUUUGCAUGGGUUUUAAACGGAAAAGGUAAAUCACGGCUUCCAUAUAUUUGUUGAAAGUUUCUACUGUAGCCGCAGAAACGAACGCCGUUCCACAUCUUCGCUGAUCGGCCUCGGAGAAGCGGAGAUGAAGGUGCAUCCGAGAUCCUCUCCCGGUUUACCUCCCAAUGGCUCGCUGAUUCCCCUUGUGCUCGCAGGAAGCUACCGCGGUUAUGCUGCUUGUAGCGGCAACCAGUCUCAUCUUCGUUUCCGGAAUCUCCGCAGCCAAGGUCUCUUCGUCUUUGUCGUCGCCUUUUUUUUUUUUUUUUUUUUAAUAGUCCGCAACUCGUCUCGUGUGCUCCUCGACGGUUGCGCGGAUUCCGAGACUCAAUUCGGUCUGAUUCCUCUCUGCAGAUCGGAGAAACAUGCACGGAGGAUCGGAACUGUGACGCGGGGCUGCAUUGCGGCUCGUGCGUCGCCGACGGCAACCCCCGGCGGUGCACGCGGAUCGAGCCCUCCGAUCCCCAAUCCAAGGUAUUAACCGGCCCAUCCGAUUUCUAUUUUCCUAUUCUUCGUGUUAUUUCUGCUCUCCGCUUUCUACUUUUGGUUUUUGGCACCUGAGAUAAGGGCUCUAAGGCUGCCAUGUCCCGCCCUCAACUGAUUGUCCUUGUCAUGGUGACGAAUUUGGGGCAUCCGGAAGGCGAAGGGACUGCCAUUCAACAGGUACUCGUGGCUUACCACGCACAAUUCCUUCGCCCUGGACGGCCAGAAAUCCUCCACCGGCAGUAGCCUGAUCGCCUCCACUAACCAAGAGGAUUCCGUCACCGCUCAGCUCAACGUACGUACAUCCCCAUCUUUGCUCCAUUUCUUGAGUUUUUCUGCCAUUCGAUACGUAGCCAGUGUAUUGCUUCGCAAGAAACUUGCUUAGGCACUCAUCUCCGGGGGUCACCGCUGCCAUCGAGGAGAAUGAAGCGUCUCCUCACGAGUGAAUCUCGGCGGUGAACGAAGAAAAAAUUAUUUAGAUCCGUAAAAUAACUCAUAUUAAAACAUCGACUUAAAACAGCUUCAUCAUCUUCAAUUCCCCCCCAGUUGAGUUUUUUUCUGACGACUUUAAAUGCCGCGGAACGAAAAAUUCAAGAUGUCCGAACAAAUCUCUCGCCGUCUGAUCCCAAUUUUCGUGGAAGAAAAAACGAAGCUGCUCAAAUCUUCUUCGGUUGAGCAGGCACGAGGCGCGGACUUUGCCGUGGUCAGUCAGGAUGACUUCCUCACCUGCUUCGUGUCGGGUUGUUGCAGAAUGGCGUCAGGGGAUUGAUGCUGGACUUCUACGACUUCCUUGGGGACAUCUGGCUCUGCCACUCCUUCAGGGGCACUUGCUUCAACUUCACGGCAUUUGUAAGUUCCACAGAGACUGAUUGAUUCUUCUGACCGACUUCAAACACGGACCUCCUUCAGACUCUCUCUGGUUCUUGGUCAUCCAGCAACCCGCGGUCAACGUUCUCAGAGAGAUUCAAGCCUUUCUAGAGGCAAAUCCGGCGGAGAUCGUCACCAUCUUCAUCGAAGACUACGUGAAGACCCCCCGGGGCCUGACCGGGGUCUUGGCAGCCGCCGGGUUGACCAAGUUCCUGCUCCCGAUGGCUCGGAUGCCCAAGGCCGGCGGAGACUGGCCACUGGUCGGCGACAUGGUCCGCCGGAACGAGAGGCUGCUGGUCUUCACGUCGAACUCGACUAAGGAGGCCUCCGAGGGCAUUGCCUACACGUGGCGCUACGUCGUGGAGAACCAGUGUAAGAGAUUGGCUCUCCUUUGGCUCCGUCUUCCCUUCAGAGGUGGGCUCUUCUAGUUGAAACGUGGCAUCCCUUGCAGAUGGGGACAAAGGGAUGGUGCCCGGGUCGUGCCCGAGUCGUGCCGAGUCACCGCCGAUGAACUCGACGGCUCAGUCCCUCGUCCUGAUGAAUCACUUCCCCACCAACCCUAAUACGUCGACGGUGUGCAGAGACAACUCGGCCCCACUCAUUAGCAGCCUCCGCACGUGUCACAACGUGUCCGGGAAUCGGUGGGCCAACUUCAUAUCAGUUGACUUCUACAAGGCAAUCUCUCUCCCCUCCCCGCCGCCGAGCUUCAAAGCAGUUGACCAUUGUUUAUAGAAAUCUUGACUGCCUCAUCCGAUCGCCUCUAAUCUCAGAGAAGCGACGGCGGAGGAGCUCCGGAGGCGGUGGACAUCGCGAACGGGCGCCUGACCUGCGGCUGCGACAACAUAGCCUACUGCAAGGUAGGUGACAACUGCGGUUACACCUUCUUCACUGAUACCCCAUCUGCAACAGCUUGAGACCAAUGACCCAGAUCUCUCCUUAAUCUCACAGGCCAAUGCAACAUUCGGCACGUGCGAGAUCCCCACUGCGGCGGCGCCGUCAACGGAGCCUGGUGCGGUGCCGCCGCCUAUGGUGCCUGGUGCGGCGCCUACCGGGAGGCUACUGGAUUGGAGGUGGUCUUUCGUGGCUCUCUUGGCGGUUUCGGCCUUCGUGUCCGAUGCGAGCGGUGGCGCUUAUUGA